AUGUUGGGCGGUCCUGCAGGGCUACCAGGGAACGUCGUUCGCGGGAACACCAUCUUCUGCCUGACGCAUGUGGACGAUCGGGCGUAUUACAUACCGCGUGGGUACAAGUUGAAGGACCGGAUCUACUGCUGGCGUGUAAAGGCCGACCGUGAGACAGGGCGCAUCUUUUAUGUGAACUGUGGUGGCUUGGGGGAGAGCUGGGCGCUGCCGGACUUGCUCGCAGAUAACUACGACCUGCGCACGCAAGCGCUGGACGGCAGCCCGCGAUGCUUUUCGUCUUUGUCGGGGCUUUCGCCCACUGCGAGGCAAGUUGCCAGCGAGGACGCUGUGGCGGUGCUGGAGGCAGCGGCGGCGGUAGCAGUUCCCUCGGUGGAACUGAGCAACGAGGCGAAGCAAAGCCGUGAUGACGACACAAUAUUUUCUUUGACGUCACCGUCAGCGAGCAACGUGUGCCACGGCACGAGGGAGAAAACUUUUUUUCUGGCCUCCAUGCAGCACAGUGUUGCUGACAUUUACCUUAACGACAUUACUUAUCUGCGGUCAUUUGACGCGGAGGUACAGGCACCGGCGUCUGCUGCAACGACGGUGCGCGGCGAACCAGAUGGCGCCCGCAUGCCUUGCGAAGGCAGCGGUGCCGAAUUCUCCCCUCUUGAGGCGCAGCUGCGGAGACAAAUUGAGGACUACGCCGAGGAGGUUGCCACACUUCGUCAAAAGCUGGCCGAACGGGAACGCAUCUUGAUGGAGAAGGAUCUGGCGCUGCUGGAGCUGGAGGAGCGCAUGGUGAACAUGCGACUGCGCAUGCUGAAGGCCGUGAGCGCACAUCGCAAGGCCACCUUCCCGUGA